UUGUCCAUCUUCAGACUUGUACGAGCUUUAGCAAAAUCCCAAUGGAGACCGAAGUAAGAACAAUCCCAGAUGCCAUAUUGGUGGAGAUAUUCGUGAUGUUCCCAUUGAGAAGCAUCGCGGGAUUCAAACUGGUGUGCAAAAGCUGGAAAACAGUCAUAGAAUCGUCCUACUUCCACCUCGUCUUCACUUCUUUGCACCGGAACUCCUCUUCGUCAUGGUUGAUCAUGAUACCAAAUAUUCAUCCCAUUACAGAAGCCAUAAGCUUUCAUGGAUGCAUGAAAUGGAAUCUUACCAAACCCUUAGCUUCUUAUAUCACGAAUCCGAAUCUCCCUACUACCACUAAAUACUUCUACGUUGCUUCUUCCAACGGAUUGAGUUGGAUUGACGUCACUGAGAGCACGACUCGCAGUUAUAAAUCCUUCGUUGGUAAUCCAGUUUAACAACAAUGGGUUGAAAUACCUCCGCCUCCAUGUCCAUGUGCCGCAACGGGUUUGGUAACGCGUGAGGACAAGGCCGGCGUCGUUUCAAGCUUCAAAGUCGUUAGGACUUGUCAAAAUGUUGAAGCUAGAGACCGGGGGAUGUUUGUACGGAGAGUGUAUGUGUAUUCGUCCGAGACAGGGUUAUGGACAUUGAAGAGACUUUUAAACUCUCGUCCCGUUAACCACCCUCCCGUGAAUCUCAACGGGACGCUUUACAUGUGGGAACGAAGAGUUAUUUCUACUAAACAUGAGGUCAUUGUAUCUUUUGACUUCUAUGGCCCUGAAGAUGAUGAUCAAUGUCAAGUUAUACCUCUCCCUGACCCUAGUGAAUUUAACCAAAUUAAUGGUAAGAGGUGCUUGACUACUUCAGGAGGAGAUGUUAUCUACAUUGUACGACGAGGUCAAAAAUUGAAGCAUUGGAGGAUGAAUGACAACUCCGAGAACGGGUGGUGGCAACUUUCACGGGAAAUCAACAUGGCAUGGUCUUUUUCGUUUUCUAUUCCCAUUGCGAUGAAUCCAUUUGAUACUGAUAUCGUCUACCUAUGGCGUAAAAGAGACCAUUGUUUGGUAACGGGUAACUUGCAGACACAAGAGUUUAUUGUUCAUCAAGAAUCAGAGAAGUGGACUAGUAGUGAAGGCUGUUGUCACAUAAACACAUGUGAUUGUAAUGGGUAUAUGGAAGCUACUCACGAUGUAUCCCAUUAUAUUAUCCCAGUUUGUGCUUCCACAGUGGAUGGACUCGGUGCCCCGUCCACCAAAUUGAUUGUCCUUUUCUUAGGGAGUUGGUAACUUUUCAAAUUUCAAUUGCUUAUUGCAAAAGCUUGUUUUUUUUUUCUCUCUUUAAUAUGUAUUUUGGUUUAUAAUCAUAACAUAAUCGCUAGCUUACUAUCAGUAUAUAAGGUCAAUCAGCUCUCCAAUGUUAUCUUUGGUUAUGCAUCCUAUUUAUAUAGACCACAGUCUCUUACUUGUGAUUCUAGGUUGACGUUGGCAAGG